CAUAGAAAUGACAAUACACGGCAAGUGAGGUAUUUUGCAACAUGAAAAGACUUCAGCAUAUACCGCUGGUCAUGAGUAGUACCCCAGUGUUUCAAAAGAAUCUCGAAUAUGGUGUUCAUGGGAAAAAUUGCGAGGACAUUUUCUGUGUCUUGCCACAAUGCGUGAACUUUAAGUUACAAACCAGGAAUGUCAGCUCAUCUCGAAAAGACAAACCGAACAAUCAUGCCACUGGGGCUUCAGGCGACAGGACUGCUAGCGUCCUGCAAAAUAAUAAUGGCAGCAAUACAGUGUCCUUAAAUCAAGCCAUUCUAGACAACAAUGCAGAGAAAAAGCUCUUGGACGAUAUAGCCGAGAUUGAGAGGUUUCUGGAGGGACAGAUGGGUGACACAGGACCUCAGCCUUGUUUCUAUGGUCGUUUUGAUAUUGAUGAGCAGAACUUAUUGCCCCCUUAUACCUCAAAAGAGGAUUUUCAGGUUUCUCAACAGACGGACUCGUUACACCGUUACAACCCAAAAAGGGAUAGCCAGACCCCUAGCGAGACAGCGAGGAACCAUCAACCUUAUUCCCGUGACUACGGCGCAGAAUUUGAGAGGAAAGGAUAUAACUUAGUGAAACCAUCGAAUUCAGUGGCUGGGCGGAAUACAGAAUCUGCUGAAAAUCCUUUAUUUCCAAGUUACUAUGAGACGUUUACGUCGACAGAUCAAUUCACUGUUCCAUUAAAAAAGUCAGAGGGCAUUCAUGCUGCUAAACGCUCGAGGAAAGAUCCCUCCGUGACCAAGCCCAUGCUUGUACCAACCACCAUCGUACAAGGGAGGACUGCUUGCCACCUCUCGGGGGCCAGACAAUUUCCCUGCAUACAGUCCAAACCUAGCCGAAUGGCGUUUGGAGUUCUCACACAGAUAAUGCAUAUGUUUGAAAAACCCAUGUCUGCUGAUGUUGAAGCGUUUUUUGUCCACGUUCUUCAAAAGGCACUCAUAGAGAUGAGGAAUGCCGCCUCACGAAAGGGGAGUCAAGUGUGAUCAGUUUAGACCCAGAACGAUUUUUUAAAAUAUAUUUAAAAUAUACUAGAUAUAUAUUAUCUCAGAUAAAUU